AUGAUGUUCACGGCAGCCGUCGUCCUCAUCAGCUUUGUUUCGUGCAUAUCGGAGCAAAUUCGGCCACCAGAGCAUCAGUCAUUGCAGCACCUUACAUUCCUGGAGGUUCUGCAUGUGGAGCAGGGGUUGGAGCGUGGGGUGGAGGCAAAGACAGACACGACUUUGCGACGGAUGCCCAGCCUGGCAAACUUGGUUGUCCAAGGCCCCGGUAUGGUUCUGCAGGCUUUGACGAGUUUCGCGGCGCUCCCGGACGCCUUAGAAGACAAGUACAAAGAUGACUCGGCCUUGGGCAGCGGCACCUUUGGCGUCACUUUCCUGGCCACCAGGAAGGCCGACAACCAGAAGGUGGCUGUAAAGGUCUUCAAGGUUGGCAAAGACUGGGCGACGCCGGGAAAUUGCAGAUCAGCGGAGUGCAGGGCUCUUAUCGGUUCCAGUGCUUCGGAAUGUCUGGACACCCAGCGCAUCCAUUCGGCUGAUACUCUGGACAGCGAGGCGUCCGAGCACGUGGUCAAUUGCUUCUACGAUGGCAUCACAGGCCAUACCGCCGCUAGUCAGCCAUAUUACAUCGAAAUGAGCUUUGCUGGCCGCGACGAUGUGGACAAAUGGUGGGGGAAGAAGUUGAAGGAGCACCUCGUCGCUGAUGCCGACUAUGUGCAACACUUGAAGUCGGUGGCCAAGGGCGUCUACCUCGGCCUCAAGUUCAUGGCUGAGAGCAAAGGCACGAACAAGUGGGUUCAUAUGGACCUGAAGCCUCAGAAUAUGGUGAUCAACGAGGACACUGGUCAAACGGUUAUCGUCGACAUGGGCACCGUGGUUUGCCAAGGGCCAGGUUGCACGAGCACACCCAGAGGCACCACCGCAAUCUUCCGACCCCCCGAGGUUCCACACCUUUCUCUCUUUCAUCCGGGGGUAGAAUGGCAGUCGCCGGUGUGGUCCUUCGACGUACACUCCGCUGCUUUGUCCAUCCUUGGCAUGGCAACGGAUGGGAACUCCGGGUUGGUGAUGCCAGACGGAACCGCCCUUCAUGCAGUACCCGUCCUUCCAUACAUGCUCACGAACGAAGUUCAGACCAGAAUGGCAAAUUGGCGUAUGGUGAAGGAGGUUGUGGACUGUGGGCGUGAGAUCGGCAUGCCCGGCACAACGCAAUUCUUAAAUGGCUUGCUCAAGUGUACGAAUGAUAACUCCGUCGUGCUAUACAAGAUGUUGUUCGAUCAGCGUCUUCAGGCGAUCCGGAAAGCAACUGGCGACAAGCGAAAGGCAGCAUGGGCGAGUCUCGUGCACUGCCGCACCUCCAAGAGGUUUGCCACCGCCCUCUACCCUCUUCCCGACCUGCAGGCAACGAAAGUGCCGAAGUUCUUCUGGACCCUGAUUGAUGACUGGAUGAAGACAGGCUUCGACGAGGUACUCCUGAAGGCUCUUAGCACCACGCCAGAUGAGCGUCCCAAGCCCAGUGAGAUCCUGGAAGCGCAGUGGUUCAACGCAGAUAAGCCGAAGGUCUCGGGCACGUCGGUGGAGUUCACUUGCCCAGACUACUUUACGGACUCCCAAGCCUAUUAUCAAAUUUGUGCGGGCUUUGUUUCUGCCAUCUUGCUCAUGUUGACCGCCUGCGUUUGCUGCUGUGGAACUUGCAGCACCUGCUGUUGCCAAAUUCCGGCUUGGAAGUGGGCCAGCGUCUGGGCAGGCAUCUUGGUCGUGGCCACUCCUUUUUUCGCAUUCUUCUUGAUGAACCCCUCGAUCGUCAUUCCCUGCGUGUUCUUGCUUCUCAUGGUCCCCCUCGGCCUGGCGAUGAUUUGCCUUCAACCUGUUGCAGAACGUGCAGGGAAGGGCUCAGCGGAGAAGCAAAAGAAGGUGAAGCUGGGAAUCAUCGGGCUGAGCGCGGUGCUGGCCCUCGGUUGCAGCCUCUGCGUCUUCAGUCCCACAGCAGCUGUGGCCUUGAUUCCUCCAGACCUGACGUUCGGGCCGAUCCCAGUUGGCGGGAGAAUGUAUUUGUGGGCUGGGCUGGCGGCGUCUCUGAACCUCGGCCGGCCGGCAGUUCUCUAUACUGUGAUUUCAGGUGUCAGUGUGAUGAUUCGGGGCUCUGAUGCCCGAGAUGUCUCAACAGAAACAGGAUCUACGGUGGAGCUUCAGGCACGCGUAUAA